CCACUAGCCAGUCCAAUGGAGUAAAGAUAAAGGGUGUGUAAUUCCACCAGAAUAUUUGCUCUCACCCUAUAUAAGGUAGCUGGGAGACCCAACAUCAGCGUGCGCUACUAAUUUUGUAACACGAUCAGCCAUGGCUCUCACAGCUGACGACAAGAAAGUCAUCAAAUGCUUUUGGCCAUUACUCUCUGGUUGCAGCGAGGAACUUGGUGCAGAAGCAAUGGGCAGGUAAAGUCAAUUAAUGUCUACAGGUUUGCAUGGGCAAAAAUGGAUUGCAGAAUAGAACAUCGUAUCUCACCUAAGACUGUCAUUUUACCAUUUCACUUUCUUCAACAGGAUGUUUAUCACCGAGAAAAGAACGAAGACUUACUUCCCAAGCUUUGAUUUAACCCCCAAAUCGACCCACUUGAAAGCUCAUGGCAAGAAAGUAAUUGAUGCUCUGACGGAGGCUGUCAACCACCUGGACAACAUCCAAGGAGCCCUGAACAAGCUGAGUGACCUUCAUGCUUAUGAUCUGAGAGUAGAUCCUGGCAACUUCCCUGUAAGUACUGAAUAGUAGCUGCUGCUACUACUUGUGACAUUUUUCAUGCGUGGGUAAUGGACAGGUAUAUAACAUUAGUCGUGUUAUACCUAUAUGUUCAGAUGUUCAUUUAGUUUGUUGUUAUUAAGUAUUGCUUAAAAAUAAUUUGUGAUUAUUACUAAAUGAGUGUGAACUGUUAGACAGAACGAACAAUGCCACUUUGUGAAAACUAUCUAUCAAUUUCUUCAUUUUUUUUCUCUUUCCACAGCUACUGGCUCAAAACAUCCUGGUUGUUACUGCCAUCCACUUUCAUGAUAAGUUUGAUAUCUGUACUCACAUAGCCUUGGAUAAGUUUCUGGAUCGAGUUGCGUGUGUUCUGACAUCAAAAUACCGUUAAAUAAAAGCAUCCUUGUGAUGGAGGGAGACCACAUCAACUACCCAUUACUCAUACCCAGGAACAUUUUUCAAAUCACAAUCAUUUGAAAAAUAAAGAUGUUGAAAUAAUGUUUUGUAUGUGUGCCUUUUUGUUUUAUAACUUUAACUGGAGCAAUGAACAAGCUUCACAAUAAUAGAAUUUG